GAUGGACCAAUAGUAGUCUAGUGCGAGGAUCGUCCUUUAAUGCUCAAAAGCUCUCUUUUCUUUAACUUUCAUCAGUUUCACACUUUUCUUUAUCAUCCUCUCUCUAGAACUCAAAAAACCUUCUUAGAGUAGAGAUAACGUUUGUUCAUUCUUUUAGUUUCCUUUUUGUGUUGACACGACAAUGGUGAGCUCCUCUACGACCAUCUCUGCAUCUACUGCAUCAAAGUCUCGAUCUCCUACUCCCCAAAGGAAGAUUACCCUCAUGGUCAAGACCCAACAGGAUGGAAGAGAGGAUGUUUAUAAGAUUGGUUAUAAUGCACAUAUGAAGAAACUGAUGGAUGCAUGCUGCACCAAGAGAAACUUAGACAAAGGAACUGUCAGAUUCAUCUUCGGCCGUAAAGAGCUCAAGCCACGACAUACUCCUGCUCAGCUGAUGAUGGAAGAAGGGGAUAUCAUUGAUAUUCUCACCGAACAAGGUGGUGGCUAAUCUCGCCGGAGCUAGGAAAGCAUUUAAGGCUUUUUUUUAAAUUAAAAGACCUUUUUAACUAUUAAAAAUUUUCAUUAUUAGACUUCAAAUUUCUGGUUUGUAGUUGUUGUUGCAUCUUAAAGUCUGAACUUUUGUUACCCAGUUGAUUUUUAAUUCGUAUUGUCGAGGAAAUUAAUUACAGUAUGUUUUUAUCUCUAUCUCUCGGUAUUUGUAGUUUGAUUAAUUAAAAUUUCAGGACAGGAAUAUUGAUACCCGAAAA